AUGCAAUUAGGACUUGCAGAAAAUCUACCCACGCUGGUCGCAAGACGCUUUACAGCUGCCCGAGAUACCGGGGCUCUCGUGUUCUCUUCAACCCAUCUGUCCAUUAUCAAUGCGGCAGGGAUAUCAUACCAACUUCGCUACUGCCCUGCCCUCGCAAAGAAACCCUCUAAUAUAAAGCCUGACAAUGGCCCGAAAACACCUAAGCCCGAUCCCUUCGAGAAUCCAUCUCCAGACCUUCUGAUCGCCCAGUUCCCGCCCGAGAACCCCGCUUACAACCUCAUCCUCAACAAAUUCCCCGUCAUCCCGAACCACUUCCUCCUCGUGACAAGAGACUGGCAAGCGCAGACGGAUAUCCUCCACAAAGCAGACCUAGAAGCUGCAUACGAGUGUCUAAAAGCCUGGAACACCGACAGCGAUGGAUCUCAAUCUGCAAACGGCUCAUCUCCAAAGAGCCUCUUUGCCUUCUUCAACUCCGGCGACGACAGCGGGGCAAGCCAACCUCACCGUCACCUCCAAUUUCUGCCUGUCGAAGCAAUGCGCCAGCCGGGCUCGGAGUCCUGGCACCCACUGAUCGACCUCACAUCCCAACCAACCUCCCCCUCCCUAACACCGAAGUUCCAACACCUAUCAGGUCUCCCAUUCGCCCAUUUCGCCCUGCCAAUCCCACCAAACCCCUCCGUCGAAACCCUGCACGCAAUUUACCUAACCCUCUACAAGGCCGCAGCGGCAGCGACGCGCGGACAAACACCAAGCCAGGACACCGAGCCCCUUCCCACUCAAGGACCGGCAUCUAUAAGCUACAACCUGGCCAUGACCUGUUCGACGAUGAUGAUAUGCCCGCGUAGACAGGAGACGGCGCUUGUCCCCGUCGAUAGUGCUGCGGCGCGUGAUAUUGUUGAUCCUGGACUGCUGUCGCUGAAUGGAACUAUUCUCGCCGCGACGCUGAUGGUUAAGGCCGAGGGCGAGUGGGAUGCUUUGCGUAAGAAUCCGGAGCAUUUGACGCAUGUUCUUGCUACGAUUGGAUAUCCUCGGACGGAUUCUCGGGGACCUUCGCUGUGA